UAGACAGUGGCACUAAAAUCAGUCUGUGGGCUGUGAUCGCGGCAUACAUAUCGAAUUUGAAGUUCUUUCUAGAAAACCUACAGCAUAGAAAGAUGUUUCUAAUCUUAUUUUUAUUUAUGUAAGCUCAAGUAUUUAUAAGUUGUAUAUGUAUAAGUUAUAACUAAAACAUGUCAAAUGUUUUCGGAUUGAUAGUAUCCGGACGAUUGGUGCAGACGGAUUUUACGCUGGUCUCGGAGACGAGUCUCGUCACGACAAUUCUAGAUGUUGAUUCCAUCAACCAUGCGGUAGUGUUUUUGACGGGCACGACGCCGUUGCCUGCCGGUUCAGUUGCAAUCGUCUACUGGAGCUGGCCUGACCCCAAUGCGCCUCCCAAUUGGCAGCCUCUUGGACAUAUUUCAAAUGCUAAACCUUCGGCUAUAUUCAAAAUUCAGAAUUUGAAAAAGCUUCAUGAAUUAUCAAGUGAAAACAAAUUUAUAAAUGCAUUUGGCCAGCAGCAAAUCUGUCACAAUGCUCAAAUAGGGAUCUCCAUUGAACCUGAAGCAAAUGCUCAAAUGUUGGAACCUGUUCUAGAACAACAAACAAACAACUAUGUAUCGUUUGCACAGAAGAUGCUGGAAAACUUAGUGAACUUUGUAGCUUCUUUUUCUGUAACACAAGAUCAAAUGACCCCCACACCGGGUGUCUCUUACAUACCAUUAAAUACUCUACAUACAUGGUACCAGAACUUCGAGCGACGCUUGCAGAAUAAUCCCAACUUUUGGAAGAACUUAUAAACAAAUAUAGGAUAAGUGCAAUGUUAAAGCAAUUUGAAUAAUAUGUAGGGUAACUGAAUAACUGAUUAAUUUGUAUAUUUGAACAGGAUUUUAUUUAUAUUUUUUAACUAAUUUUCAUGCCAGCUCUCGAUGAGGAUUGAGGAUGUAACAUAAUUUUGUUCAAGACCAUUAUAAAUUUUGAAAAUAGGUUUAGAUGACUAAUUGAUGGAAAAAAUGCUUUAAAAGUUCUUUUUACUGCCACCCUUAUAAUAUAUUAAUAUUUUGAUUAAAUUCAUUGUAAUGCUUC